AAUGUUAAAUCGAAAAUGAAUUUUUCGUCCAAAAAUGUUUUCUCCUGUUUAUUUCUUCGACCCUGGCUAGGAGUGCCUCUUGGUUUAUGGAUCGCUGUUUCUGUUAUAUAUUACUGGUGGUUGAUAUCAAGGAUAAAUAUAUUGGAAACACAAAAUAUCGUGUUUAAAAAGCAGCUUCAGAUCUCUCAAAAUGUUAUGCGACAAAUAUCUGUGGACACCGAGAUAACAUACACAGUACCUGAGAUUCCAGACGUAGCUGGAACAAUUUGUGAAACAGUGCAUGUAGCACUCGUUUGCAUGGGCAAGUGUACAAGAAAUAUCACUCCCAUGUUGAAGUCAUUGCUGCAUCAUCGGCAGAACCCGAUACACUUUCAUAUUAUAGUGGAUAGCAUGUCCGAACACACUAUUGGUACGCUGUUUGAUACAUGGGAUAUACCUGAUGUAAAAUACACCCAGUACAAUGCCCAAAAACGUCUAGUGGAAGUUCGUUGGAUACCCAACAGCCACUAUUCAGGGAUUUAUGCGCUAGUCAAACUCCUGUUUCCCAGCAUACUACCAGAUAGUUUAAGACAAGUUAUAGUACUGGAUUCGGACCUAACAUUCCUGUGUGAUGUGGCUGAACUGUGGAGCAUGUUUAGGAAUAUGACUGAUGAUCAGUUCAUAGGUCUAGUGGAAAACGAAAGCAACUGGUAUUACGAUAAAACGAAACGCUGGCCGGCGUUAGGCCGCGGCUACAACACUGGCGUAAUGCUAUUAGACUUGCACAAGCUAAGGACGGUAACAGACUGGACGCUAGUGUGGCACGAAACAGUUAAUGAGAACCUGGAACAGUUGAAACAAACAACGCUAGCCGAUCAGGAUGUGAUUAACGCGAUUAUAAAGAAGAAUCCGGGUUUUGUGUUCAAUAUCAGCUGUCAAUACAAUGUGCAAAUGUCUAUGAAGACGCUGGCUAAGAAUUGUUACGGUGAAGAUGUCAAUAAUGUGAAGAUAAUUCAUUGGAACUCACCCAGCAAGUAUAGUGUGAGGAUCAGAGAUGCCGAAUAUUUUAAAAACAUCCAUCUAUCCUAUGUUAAUUUUGAUGGGAAUCUUUUACGGGAAAAGCUACAUAGAUGUUCUCAAAAUGAAGUUGUUACUUAUAAGAUGAACCACUCCGACCUCUGCCUAAGUUUCCGCGCAGCACAACGCGUAAAGCUACGUACACACUUAUACUACAUGGACUAUAGCUACUCUAGUAUCGAUGGUUUUGACGUCACUCUAGUGUUGCAGUUGUCUAUGGAUAGACUGCAGUUUUUGGAGCGGCUUGUGAAGUAUUGGGAUGGUCCCCUAAGUGCUGCGAUAUAUCUAUCGGACUGCGAAGUGACAAAAUUUGAGAGCUUCAUACGAGACUGGUCCGACACGCUCAGCUUUCGACGGAAUAUCGGAUACCAUCUUGUUUUUAAACACGAUUCGGUACAUUACCCAGUGAACUAUCUCCGUAACGUGGCUUUAGAGAAUGUGAAUACGCCCUAUGUGUUCCUAAUGGACGCAGAUUUUGUGCCCAUGGCAGGUUUAUAUGGGCACUUGAGAGCAGCUAUUAAAUUGAUCAACCCGUAUCCGCAGAAAAAGUGUCUAGUAGUACCGGCGUUUGAAACGCAGCGGUACCGUGCUUCCGUGCCCCGGUAUAAAGCGGCACUACUACAACGGUUAGCACGUCACGGGGCCCCGGGGGGUGAUGUGGGGCCCUUUAGAGCACGCGAGUGGCCCCGGGGGCAUAGGGCCACUAAUUAUACGAGGUGGGCUAAUGCUACUGCGCCUUAUGAGGUAGAAUGGCAAUCAGAUUACGAACCAUAUUUAGUAGUACAUCGCUCUGUGCCCAAAUACGACACACGGUUUUCUGGAUUCGGUUGGAAUAAGGUAUCCCACAGCGUGGAACUAAAAGCGCAAGGCUACAAAUUGGCAGUUUUACCAGAUGCAUUUGUUGUUCACACUCCACACGCACCGUCGCCGGAUAUAACUGCGUUUAGAGCUGACCCGCAUUAUCGCAUAUGCUUAGCGCUCCUAAAGCAAGAAUUCAUGGAAGAUCUAAAGAAAAAGUACAACGUGUCAUUGGAAACUCCGAAAGACUCGCCCUACAUGGCUGAAGCUAAGAGUCUAUUAUUGCAUCAGAAGAAUGAUUAAAGUAUUUAAAAUUGUAUUAAUUUAUGAACGUUAAUUACAAACAAAAACUAAAAGAUGCCUAAGUUGUUGGUCCUUUAUUAGAACUGUUAAUGCUUAUGAGUUAUGUUGAAUCACGUAUGCAAAUAUUCAAUAAGACAAUAGAAGUACAGAUAAAUUAUUGUUUUAAUUGUAAAAGGUUGUUUUAUUUAGGUUCACAUAAUAUAACUGAAACUGAUUUUUUUUUUAUUUUUUUAACUAAAAGUGGACGAAAAUUGACAGUAAAAAUUUAAGUAUGUUACACAUUAUGUUUGAUACAUAGAGAGGUCAAUAGAGUGAAAUAUACUCGCAUUCUUUUCAAUAAGUCACAUAAUUAUGCAUUUAAUCAUAUUAUUAUGAUUGCAUAAUAGGUCUACAAUUUGUAACCAGAAAACACUGCAAAAAUACUACGAAAAUUGAAAUUAUUUGUGCAAGUCGAAUAUUGUACAGGGAAUACAUAAUAUGUAUUUUAACAACACCAAGAUGUGUAUUGUGUAAUGCUAUUUACUCACUAUUUUAUAUUGAUUUUAUAGAUGCAAUUUUAUAAAUUAGAUUCUACGUUGCAUUUUUUUGUGUUGUUUUUGUCAAUAACAAAUUGUUUAACACUAUUGUAAUAAUCAGUCAUAUUAUAAUUUUAUAAUUAGUAUAAAAAUGUGUUAUCUAUUUACAUUUUAUGUACAAUAUCAAGUCACUGUAACUGUAAGACGGAGAUUGUGGUUUAUUUGAAAUUGUAUUCGGAUUAACUGUAAUCAAUGUACAUUGAAUCGUAGAAAUUACUAAUUUAAGUGAUUUCUACUUAUUUCAGUGAUGUUGAUAAAUUUUAUUUUUUUAUUAACCCAUUGAGCCCCAAGCGGCCCGAUCGGUCCCAGACACAAUAGAUUUUCUAUUGUGUCUGUGGUUCCGGGGCCUGAGUUACUAAAAUAACUUUCAUAUAUGGAACUACAAUAUGUUCCUAUAGUGUGUGCGUGACAUGAUAAUUCCAAUCUAUAGAAAAAACAGGUAAAAAAUUGAUAAAAACAUCACAAUGUUUUCUCUUACCAAAAUAUAUGAAAAUGCAGAUAAAUUGCAAAUUUCUAUUCAAUGCAAAUAGCAUGUCUAGUCCCGACAUUCGUUUAAAAUAUCGUAAAAUACAAUCGGUCUUACUAAUAAAAUUUUACCCAUUCGCUUUGCAAUGGAUUAGUUAUUGCAAUAACAUGUUAGGAAGAGCAAGACACAUAUAUAUGAAAUGGUAGAAAUUUAUUCAUUGUUUAACUUUUUAUUAGUAAGGCCGUGAAUGACGAACGAUAUAAUAU